AUGACCAUGGAGACCGGUCCGUCGUCCGAGCCGGCCCACCAUCCGGGACCUGAUCAGAAUGAGGCCGAGUGUCGGAUCUGUCGGUCGUCCAAUCCCAUGGCCCAGCUCUGGGGCGAGGAUGGCGCCCUGGGCGAGGGCCUGGCUGACGCCUCAACCAGCUCCCCUUGGGGACCGGCCCAGCUCCAUCGGAUCUCCUCGCUCUUCGGCACGGCCGCCACACCGGUUCUCAGUGGCGGCCGGGUGUCCGAUGCCACCCGCAUGAGCAUCAUCGGCUACUACAACACCUUUGUUAAGCCUUGCAUUCUCCUGACAUGGGUUGCUCUGCGGAACUCCAAGACCUGCGAAGUGUGCAACCAUGAGAUCGUGUACCAGCCCGUCUUUCACAGCCAGGAGCGCGAGAUUUCCACCAGCAGCCUGCUGAAGGCCGGCUUCCAAUCUCUCGUGCAGACGGUCACUCGGCCGACGGUAGUCAUCUUCACUUGGCUGAUCAUCGUCCCGCUGACAGUGCGCCUCUGCUGGUACAUGUACUUCGGGCAGGCGCCCUGGCUGCUGGUGGCCCAGUUCCCGAGCAUGGCCCCGACCAAGCCGGACCCCUUUGUCGGACCGGAUCUCAACCCCCCCUUGGCGGAUCUCUUCAGCCGGACCCUCGAUCCGACGGGCUGGCUCACGCACAUUGGUGCCUUCACGCCGCUCGGCGGCCGGGCGGGUGAUGACCACAGCCGAUCCCCCGUCCCGGUGGCUGUAUCCCCGCCGGGCGGUCUGUCGGCCUCGAUAGCCGGCCCUUCGGCCGAGCCGCAGGAGGUUCUCCUUAGCCAGCCGGGCCGGUGUCUUGUGCGCUUGGAUUCCGGCACCACACCUGGGUCCAGUGUGUUGUUGGAUUCGGCCACCAUUCUUGGGCCGGUGACCUUCGGGGAUAUUGCCUUGUCGACAUCGCUCUCUCGCACGGCUCUGUUCCCCCUGGCCGGGGAGGCCCGCGCCUCGGGCCUGUCACCGGCGCGCAUCCUGCUGGAGGUCUGUGGCCAGGCAUGCCCGCCGGCCGGGGCGCCUGGCCGGACACCCGGCGGCCCGUCGAUCGACCACCCGCCAGGCGGACCUUCCGCCGGGACUUUCCCCCAAAGCCCGGACAUCGAGGCGCUGAUCGAGAGCCUGAGCGUGCACUCGGCCCUCGGGGCUGAGGCCUUCCACUUCUUCCCCCUGAGCACUUGGCGAACGGCCAUCUCGCUUGAGGGCGGCAGCACGCCCAGCCGGCAGCUCCUACGGACGCAUGUGGCCGGGCCCGGACGCGCGGCCCUCCUGCCGCCGGGCGUGCGUGACACCCUGGCGACUGGUGGCUCGGCCGACGACCGGCCAGCCAGCCCGCCGGAGACGCCGGAUACCGCGGCGGCACCGGACGCGGCCGUGGUUGCGGCCGACCGGUCGCGGUUUCCGCGGCUGAUCCAGCCCCUUGGCUGGCUCUUGGCACUCCUUGCCGAUUGCGUGGCCGGGAUCCUGCUGUACGCCUUCAACAUGUCGGCCCUGAUGGGCCUGACCGAGAUCCGUACUCGCGUGGUGAAUAACAGCGAUGCGGCGGCCGCGGAGAGUGCCACAGCGGCGGCCAGUGCUGCCGCCGCCGCCACCGCUGCCGCCGCCGCCGCCGCCGGCGCACCUGCAGCUGCAGCUGCUACCCCCGCCGACGGCCGAGAUGCUGCUGCGGAUGCCGCGGCGGCCGAACCGGCCGCGGGCCUGACUGCCUCGACGGAGGCCGGGCGCCCUCCAUCCGGCGGCCUGAUCAGAUCCAUUCCCAGCCCCGGCGUGCGUUUCACCGGCAGCAUGUCAUUGAUCGACUUGACAGAUGGCGGGCCUCCAGAUGCCCCAUUCAGUGGCGGCAGUGCUUCGAUGCCGGGGGGGUUCGUCCGGCGGCGGUCCCCUUCGGCGGAUUACCUUCGGCCCUCGUCGGUGCCCGACAUGGGGUACUACUCCCCGGGGAUGGUGGCUGCCCAGCGGGCGGUGUCCCCGGGACCGGGUGAUGAGGGCCCAUUCGCGGCCGACACCAAUGGCACCGGCUUGGCUGCCACGGGAAUGGAGCACUUGACCGGGUCGCCGCCGCCCGGCCUGCGGACGCCCCUUUCGCCGGUUCAGCUGCAUGGCAACCCUUACGCGCCCUCUUCGCCCGGCGGCCCGGCGGCCGGGGGGUACCUUUCUUACCAGCAUCUGUCCUCGGGACAUGUGUUUCCGCACCCCCCGGGGCGCGGGCACCAGCGCAGCACAUCGCUCUCGGUGCAGCAGCAAAUCCAACGCCGAGUCAGCAUCAUCGCCAAUGACAUGAGCGACGACUCGUCGCCACUGUUGACCGGCAUGCGGCCGCGCUCGGUCAUGGGGCGUCGCGAGAGCGAGCGCUACACGUCGGAGUUCGCUUCGUCGCGGUCCUCCUCGCGGCGUGGAUCGGCCCCGAUGGCGGUCACCGGGUCUCUUGACAGCCUGGGCUUCGGCGGGCCGGCCACUGGCGCCCGAUCGCCCAUCCAUCCGAUGCCCCUGUCGCCGGGGUUUCUCGGCGGCGCCCAGCCCGCCGGGUCUCCUCAUCUGGCGGCGCCCAUCGGCGGCGGCGGCGGCGGCGGCGGCGGCAUGGGUCAUCCGUAUGGCGGCGGUCACACCGGGUCCACCGGGGGCCGGUCCCCCUCGCCUGGUUUGAGCCGCGGAUCCCCCAGCAGCAUGUCCGCCUACCUGAGCCCGGGCACCCCGAGCAGUCCGUCGCCAUCGCCGACGGGGUACCCGGCCGGGGCUGCGGGCAGCCCGCACAGCCGGCCCCGGUCGGGCAGCAUGUUCGCCAUGUCUCCCCAUCGCCGUGGCUCCCACAGUCUCUAUUCGCCGAUGGCCUCGACCCUGGUCCUGGGCCAGCUGUCGCCGAGUUCCUCGAGCGCCGCGUCGCCCAUGCCCCUGGCUGCUCAUGCGGAAGGCAGCCCGACUUCCCGACUGGCCACCACCACCACCCCCCCUGCUGCAGGUAACGCAGCACUCUACCUCUCUUCGCCUGUUUUCCCCCCCUCCGCCACCAUCCCCGAUGCCGCCGCCGCCGCCGCCGCCGCCGCCGCCGCCUCCCUCCCCGCUGGCGCCGCCGCCGCCAUUGCCUCGCCGUCAUCCUCGCCCUCUUCGCCACUUCGUACCCUUAGCCCGGGCUCCGGGUUUCUGUCGGUCAAGAAGCCGGAUGACCCGCUGGGGCUUUUCCUGUUUGAUGGGCUCUUUCCCGAGAGCCUGAGCUCCGGCACGAGUCCCAAUCCAUCGCCCAAUCUGGCGGCCAUGGCGGUGGCGGCCAUGGCUACGGCUGACAGCGACGACAUGCACCCCGAUGCCAGCCCCUCACUCGCGCCCAGCGUCGCUGGGCCCCCUGCCCCUGCCCUUACCAGUGUUUCGUCCCCCCCGUCGACCGCCACGGCUGGGUCGGCCGCAGAUGCUGCCUCCGCACCCUCGGGCGCCAUCCCGCCGUCCGGAGCCACAUUGCCCUCGACGGCAGGGGCUGCCACGUCAGACGCCCCGGCGGUUGCCGCACUCUCGGCCGCUCACAUUUCCACCCCCGCCCCCGCCCCGGCCACUGUCCCCGCAGCUGCCUCCCGUUGCGCCGGCCCGCCUGCCACUCUUGUGGUCGUGGGCGCCACCGCCGCCGCCGCCGCCGCCGCCGCCGCCACCCCCUCAUCCGCCAGCCCCGCGAGCGGGUCGGCCGCCUCUGGAACUCGGUCUGCCGAGGGGUCCGGCCGGCUGCCGGCGGCCGAGUCGGACUUGGGUCGCUUUGGUAUCAACAUGGCCGAGAGCCCGGGGAGCCCGGUGCCAAGCAGCCCGGCGCGGCCCUCUCUCCGCCGGACUUCCCUCAGCUACUCGACCAGCAUGCCAACCUCACCCUCCUUGGGGGAGGUCAACUCGCCGGGGGUUUCGGCUGUCUCGGCGUCCUUUUCGGGGCUCGGGUCGCCGGGGGUCUUCUCGGCCUCCGGGAGCUCCUCCGGCGGGCCGGUUGCCGCCACGCCGGAGUAUGCCUUCGGCCGGGGGCCAGGCAGCUCGCCGGCCAGCGAUCGCCGCCCGGGUGCCCCUCAUGCUGCCUAUAGCCGUGGUUUGACGCCGGUGUCCGAGGAAACGUCCGACCCGGGGCUCGGGCUGGGCUCCGAGUCUCACGAGUUCUUCACCCGGCUCGAGUCCCCCGGCCCGGAGGGAUUCAUGGCAAGCGAUCACCCACGUCCGGGCAAUUGGGGCAUGGACUUCACGCGGCUGAGUUCGCCCACCGGCGGCAUGGACGGCUCGCCGUACUUUGGGUCUAGCGGCAUGCCCGGGCGUGGGGCCUAUGCUGGGAGCCCGGCCGAAGGGGUGCCGAGCUCCUCCCUGGCCCGGCUAAUGUACCAUGCCGAUGGGAGCUGGCGUCAGCAGUCGGAGGACCUCGGCCCCGGGGCGUCCGUUGCCAGUGUCGGCUCCGGCCCAUCGCAGCUCGGCGGCCGGGGGACUCGGCGCCGGUCUGCCAGUCUUUCCUGGGGAUCUUCGGCCGCACGCCACAGCGCAUACAUGUUCACUGGCCCGGCCGAUGUCGGCGGGCCCAUGGGAGCCGACCCCGGUGGCAAUGUGCCCGGGGAGAGCCCCAGCCUCGGAAGUGGCCUGGCGGCGGUGCCCGGCGGCGGUGCCCGGUCCCCGGGGCUUGCUCCCCGGCGGAUGUCCGGUUCGUCGGCCUACCCAGGCCGCGAGGCGGCCGCCGGUUCUGCAACCGCCAAUGCCGGGUCACCCAUGCUCCUGCCGCCGAAUGUGGCAUACCAUCAUUCCGGAGCCUCGUCCGGCUCGCCGUCCUAUCCUGGACCACGGGAGGCUCACCUGUUGCCUGGGGCUGGCUCGGCGUCCGGGCGCUUUGCCUCUCCAGCUGCCCCGGGCUCGGACUCCUUGCCCUCCCUCAGCCGCAUGGGUCCGCCCGCGGGCAGCACUGUCACUGGUCAGGGCAUCACCAUCGGCGGGAGCAUCAACAUCAGCAGCAGCCACACCGGCAUCAGUAGCAGUGAUGGCAGCAGCAGCAGCAGCAGCAGCAGCAGCAGCAGCAGCAGCAACAGCAGCAGCCACAGCAACAGCAAUGACAUGGCUUCCCCCGGAGGCCAGUGGGCCGAUUCGGGCAAUUACUAUGGCCUCGCGUCGAGCCCACUGCUGGGCGUCGGGAUCGGGGGCUCCGGCCGGUCCUCCCGCCGGGGGAGUGCCAGCUAUGGCCGUGCGUCGCCGCUGGGCGGUGUCGGGGGGCAUCUCCUCCGGAGGUCUCCCUCCCCCGGGCCGAGUGGCGGCCUGCUAGAUGGCACCAUCCACUCCAUGGCCAUGGGGGAUCCGCCUCUCGAGGCCGCGGGCAAUCUUCCCCUCCCGGGGUUGAUGCCCAUGGCCGGGGGGCUCUUUGGCGGUGGGGCCGGCAUGGAUUUCGGUGCCCCGCCCGGGGUGGCGCUUGGCGGUGGGGAGCCGGCCCUGGCAGCCGGGCUUCCUGGCAUGGGGGGCCUGCCCCCGGGACUGAACCAUGGCGCUGCCCAGGAAGAACGUCGCAAUGAGCUGAUUGCCGCCAUCAAUAACCUGAAUGACUCGCUGCAUGGGUUGCUGUCACGCGGGACGGAGCCCGAGGCCGGCACAGGACGCGGGGAAACCGAGAAUUCCUUCCUCAAGCUCCUGAAAGAGCUGCUUGGCUUUGGCGGGUCCUUCCGUUCCAUGCUGGAGAACAUCCUCUGGGUGUUGAUGUUCAAUUCGGUCUUUCUCGGAUCCUUCGGCUUCCUGCCUUGGGUCAUUGGGGAGUGUGGCUUGGCGCUGACUUCGGCGCUAUUGUCCGGGGUCAGUCACCUGGUGGCGCCGAUCUUCCCCAACAUUGGCCUGCUCUUGCGUAAUGUCCUGGCCCCGGGCAUUCGGACCCCCUUCCGUCUUCUGGCUGACUACCUCAGCCGACGGGCGGUUAGUUCGCUGCUUGUGGGCCCUUCGGCGCGGGCAUAUCGCCUGGUCGGCAGCUCGGCUGCCACAACCCCCGGGGCCAUCCUUGCCGGCGGCGGACACACGGCAGCCCGCCUGACCGCCAAGCACCUGCUCCCGACGACAGGGACCACCACCUCGGCUUCGGUGGCCGCUACAGCCACGGCAGCCACGGCAGCCGGCGUCCUCCAGUGGGUGACCACCCUGGUGUCGUCGGUUUGGUCCAGCUGCCGCGCGGCUCUCGGGCUGGACUCGGCCUUCUGGCUGGCCUCUCCCGGGCGCCUGGAACACUACUUCGUUCAGGGCAUCACCGCCGGCGAGGCCAUCCGGACGGCCGUCUGCCCGGCGUCCAUCUCCGGGGUGGCGGUCGGCGCUUCGAAGGCGCCGGGCCCGUUGCUUCUCGGGCGGCUGGUCUUCGGCCAGGGCAUGUGCUCGGCCCUGGUGGAGGCGGUCCCAGUCCUGGCGCCCGGAGACCAACUGUCCGAGACGCGGCUCUACUCCGGCCUGCUGGGGGAGGGGCUCUUCGCCUCGCGCAGCCUGACCAUGCUGCUGGGUCCGGUGGGCGCGGCCCUCCGGCCGGUGGCCACCCUGCUGCGACUGGACAUCCUGCUCGCCGGCUUGCAAGAGGUGGCCGUGCGGCCGCUUCAGCGCCUGUUCCCCGAGGCGCGGCUCUGGCUCAGCGGGCUUCUGAUGAAGAUCCCGCUCAAGCUCUUCGGGAUGUCCUCCUCCGGGCAUGAGCUCAGUCCGCUAACCGGGUCCAUUGCCCUGGUGCUGGACCUGGCCGUGGCUCUGAUGGUGGGUUACGUCCUGAGUGGGCUGGCGGUGUAUGCCUACCUCCGAGCCAUGGGCCGGCUGUUGGGGAACAACCCGACUGCCGCCGGGCUGGCCGGGUCCGUGGCCGCCGGCCAGGCGUCUCACCCUGCGGCCGAUACCGCGCCGACUGGUGCCUCGGCCACCGGCAACGGGUCGGACAUGGCGAGGGACCCGGCCUCGAUGGCGGCCGAGGCCAACGGAGCCCCCGCAGCCCACGGGGCCAACCGACAUGCGGCCGACCUGGCUCACACUGCCGAGCGCGAUCCCCUGGAGACGCUAGACGCACAGGCAGCGACCCUGGCUGAUACCCUGGACCCGGACACUGGCAUCGAGAAUGACUUCUCGUUCAUGCAGUCGUCCAUGGGCGGUGGCCAGCAUUUUGCCGCCGGGCUGAUCCUGGUAGCGGACUUCUUUUCUUUCCUUGGCAAGUUCCUCAUCCUGGUGAUUCUUCACCUCCUACUGGCGCCCAUCUUCACGGGCAAGAUGGCUCGCCUGCUGCUGAGCCUGUUUGUGGCACCGCUAAGCGUCCUGCCUGGCACCGGGGCGGCCAUGCUCACGACCGGGGCCACCCUCCCGCGGGCGGCCAAUGUGCGCCAGCUCUUCUGGGACUAUGUCUCCACUUCCCUCCUGCGUGGGGUCUUCAGCGUGGGGAGUGCGAGCUCCGGCGAGGCGACCGGGGCGGUUCUGCGCGAAUCGGCCUCGCUGGCCGCCUCGCUGGCCACCACGCGCGGGGCGGUCCCCUUGACGGUGACCGGCCGGUGUGGAGCCCUCUUCAACUUCCAGGGCGCCGGGCCGCUUGCACUCCUUCGGCCCAGUCUGCUGACCACCCUGGCCGGCACCGAUCUCGAUGGAUCGUGUCAGCUGUCGACCGAGUAUGAGACGGCCAUCGUGAGCCUGGUGUUCACCUGGUGCUUGGGGUUCCUGCUGCUUCGGCUGGUGGACUACCUGCGCCGGCAUUUGGCCCGGCUCACCCCGCGGCCCUCGGCCCAGCGAUACUUCCACCUGCUGCUGGGCCUUGCCCCUGCCGAGGGGUCCCCCUCCGGCCGCGUGUCAGACACCCCCAUGGUGGAUGAUUUACUGGGCGCCGGCGGCGACGGCGUGUUGGAGGACCCGGAUCGCCCGGUUGCCGGGCUGGCGAUUCCCCCUCCCAACCUAGACCCUGGUCCACGCCGCGGGCUGGCCUUCGUGGCGUCCAACCACAUUGGCGAGCUCAUUCUCAAUCGCCUUGAGCUGCCCCUCAAGCAGGAGGUCCUAUCAUGCUUGCAUCUGCUUGCCAUCACGGUGUCCAGCCUGCUGUUGGGCAGCCUCGUCCUUUGGUCGCUGACCUUCGGCCUGCGUGUGUUGCUGGGCCUCGUCGACUCUGGACGCCUGUAUCUUGAGCACCUCCUCGACACCGGGGGGGUGCUGCUCGGGGGCAAUGGCACGCGGGUGGCACCGGCCGGCACCAACUCGCGCGCGGGUGUCACCGGUCGGCCGGUUUCCACGGCGCUCACGGCGGCCGGCCGGCGCCUGCUCCUGCCGGGGCUGCUCGAUCGGGCCUGGUCUCCGCCCUCCUUCGAUCUGGGCGGCGUGGGGUUGUCGCUCUUUGGCCCGCUGGCCUCGGGGCCGGCCCCUGGGGACAUGCGGUCCGGGGCGCUGCGCGCUGGCGGCCCGGCGGCCGUAUCCCUGCCGCUGCUUUCCUGGCCGGGCCAGCAUCCGGAAGCCGAGUGUCUAUGGAGCCAGUGUCUGUUGCGCCUGUCGACCGUGGCCCCGCCUGCCUGGUCGCCAGGCCUUGGGCCGAUUGUCCAGCUGGCCCUGCAGCUGGCGGCCAUCUGGUGGGCGGUCUCGGGCCUGCUCUUUACCCCGGUGGGCCGAGGCGCCAGCGCCCGGGUGACGGCCGCCGUGCAAACGGUGCUCACCCGUGCCCGUGAGGGGUACCGCCAGGAGCGUGCCGCGGUGGCGGCGGCUCAGGCAGCCGGUGCGGCCGACAAGCAGGCCCCCAUCGGCAUGGCCUCGCCGCCGGCAUCCGCCCUCCUUGUUGACACCCUUGCCUGGAAGCUGGGCUUCUUGCAGGAGAGCACCGGCGCCGACCGGUCCUCGGCCGGCCAUGGUGCUGCCCCUGCGGUUGACCGGCGCUUCUGGCAUGGGAGCAUCGUCCAGCACAUUGUGUCCUAUUCCAGCCUCCUGGCUUCCUACCUGACGGCCAUCAGUCUCGGCCUGGAGGGGUACUUGUUCCCGGAUGCGUCGGGCGCUCUCGGCCGACCGGGGUCGCGCCUUCUGCUUAAGACCAAGUUGGUCAUGUAUCUUUUGAUUUCCGCCGCUAGCAUCAUGGUUUUCUGGACGCUGGCCAUCGCGGCGCCCAUUGCCGUCGGCCGGUCCUUCUGCUUCCACCUGCCGAGCUUCUGGAAGAGCGAUGGCUGGGCGCUGGCCUCCGGGAUUGCGCUCCUCCGGCUGGGACUCUUCAUUGUCCAAGUGUUCCCCCUCUUCUGGGAGCUAGUUUGGCUGCCGACCGCUUGGCGCAAGGCGGCGGUGGCCCUGCUAACUGGGCAACUCCGGGAAAUGAUCCGGGCCUGGUGCAUCGGAGCCGCGACUUACAUUUCGGUGGGCCUGGCUCUGGAUGCCAGUGUCUUGCGUGUGGCCCGGCAGCUGGUUUUCGGAUACCAGUCGCCGCUGGAGCUGCCACUCUUCGCCUCGACCUGGCGCACGGAGCAGGGUCUGACCGACCUCCUGCUGUGUCUCUUCCAGUGGUGGCUGACUGGCUGGGCCAUGCGCAUCGUCGGCCACUGGAUCUAUCCGGACAUGGCACGCGCCCAGGAGCUGGACGCAGCACAAGAACAAGCGGCGGCGGCGGCGGCGGCGGCGGCGGCUGCUGCCGCGGCAGCAACGGCCGUGCCCGCCGGUGCCACGGUCAUGGCCCCUGCCGCCGCCAGGAUGGACACCGCCCCCGGCCCCAUGGCCGCCACCAUCGCCACCACGCCGGUCGCCUCUUCCACAGUGGGCCCGCGACCCGUAGGUGGCCUGGCCACGGCGCAGCUUGCGCAUGGCCCGAGUGACGGCAUGGCGACCGGCGUCGGGGCAUCUUCGCAAUGCGCGCCGGCGGAUGCCCUCGGCUCCACGCCGGCCGGCUUGAUGCAUCAUGACUUCCCCUUCGACCUGCAUGAGGAGAAUCAGGGCUACGACGAGGAGUAUGAUGAGGAUGAGGAUGAGGUGAACUUUGUGGACUCCUGGAGCGACAGCGGCCCGGUCGGCGGCGGCGGCGGCGGCGGCGGCUGGCUCGGAGUCGGAGGGUCCUUCCUCUCGUUGAUCCUGCGCCCGGCCUCGAUCUAUCCCCGGAUCGAGCGGCGGGCCCUCUUCCCGGGCGAUGGCCGCCGGGCGGCCCUCUCGUGGAUCACCUCCGAGGGGCAGAUGGCCACCGAGCCGUUGGACAUCGGCCUCAGCCACAUCCAGUUGCUGAUGCUCCGGCCCAUGUCCACGUCUCUGCAGUUCCUGGUGGUCCCGCUGUUGGGGGCCUUCCUCGUGAAGGUUUCUUCGCACUUGGUGGUUUUCUGGCUCACCGGCCUGGCUCGGGCUCUGGCGCGUCUGCUGGUCACGGUGUCUUCCGGCCAGUCGCCGGGGUCCACCUUCAGCCUGGCGGCCGAUGUGAUGGCCACCCUGGCCGGUGGGGGCACGGCUGCCGGCACCGGCCCCACCGGCUCGCCUGGGUUGCCCUCGCUGACAGGCCUGAUCCUUCGCCGGGCCAUGGGCCUGCUCAUGGCCCUGGCCGACUUCCGCCUGGCCACCAUCCUCAACCAGGUGGCCUUUGCCCAUCCUCUGGCAGCCAUCAUCAUCGCCGGGCGUGCUCUCUACAAGGUGUUCCACCAAAUGUGGCUCAAGCAUCGCAUGUGGGAGCGCUAUCGUCGGUACUUCAUCGGGUGGCAUGUGCUGGAGAACACGUCGCACACGGGCCCCGGCGGCGAGGGGGCCCACCACCGCCGGGGCUCCUAUGUGACGGCCGGCGUCCCGCCGAGUUUCGCCCACGUUCAUGGCGGCGGCAAUUUCCAACCGCCCCCCACCGAUCGUCACCAUGCCUGGCCAUCCUCCGCCGGCUCGUGAGCGUGGUAAGUCGCGGGUCGGCAUGGGGGCCAGCCGGGCGCGAGGGUGCUCAUGCGUCACGCCACAUAUUCACAUACAUACACACACACACACA